AUGUCCGAGUCUCCGCCGCCCCCACCGUCGUGGAGUAUAGCCAGUAUGGCCAACAGUGCCGUCCAAUUCCUGCGUCUUCCCAUGAUAGCAUCCUCUGGCCUAGCCGUUGUCGCCAGUGGUCUUUUGUACUUCAAGCAAAAUGAGCUGAUCUACCCCCGAAAUAUCCCCGCUGAUGCGCGCACCAAUGUCCCCAAGCCCCGCCAAUUUGGAAUUGAAGACUAUGAGGAGCUCCAACUCGGCACGCCGGACGGCGAAUCUCUGCAUGGCUAUUUCAUUCGUGCACCUUUUAAACGAUCAAACCAGAAUCUUACCGUCUUGAUGUUCCAUGGCAAUGCAGGCAACGUGGGUCACCGGAUUCCGAUCGCAAAAGUACUACAAGAUUUCCUGGGUUGCCAUGUUCUGAUGGUCGAGUAUCGUGGAUAUGGCCUCUCCACCGGUGUGCCAGAUGAGGCUGGGCUCAAGGUAGAUGCUCAGACGGCGCUUGAUCAUCUGCGGCAAAGAGCAGAGACGUCCAGGUCCCAGAUUAUCGUCUAUGGACAGAGUCUGGGGGGUGCAGUGGCAAUCAACCUCGUGGCAGCCAACGAGGACAAGGGCGACAUUGCCGGCUUGGUUCUCGAGAACACGUUUCUGAGUAUACGAAAGUUGAUCCCAAGCGUCUUUCCCCCUGCCCGUUACUUGGCGCGCUUCUGUCAUCAGACCUGGACAAGCGAAGAUGUGCUGCCGAAGAUCACCCAAAUUCCUAUUCUCUUCUUGAGUGGACUCAAGGACGAGAUAGUCCCGCCGUCUAAUAUGACCCAAUUGUUUGCCAUUUGCAACUCGAAGCGCAAAAUCUGGCGAACUCUUCCAAAUGGUGCACAUAACGAUAGUGUCGCUGAGCCAGAUUACUUCGAGCAUAUUCAUUCUUUCGUCAAGGAAGAGGUGCUCGACCGAUGA